CAGGUUUGGACAUAAGUAUCAUUUUUCAGGUAGUUUCCUGUCAAUUGUUACAAAUAUUUACUGUGAACGACGCACAGAUUAAGUGACCGUUUUAUUCAUUUCAGGUUAAACUCGUGAACCUUGAAGCUCCUCGGGCUAUCUUAACUUGUUAGUUGCUAACAAAGAAACCCGGAAGUUUACCAAUCACAUCGCUAAGCAGAGUGUGAAGUGUGGCGAUUGUGUGGAAAUGUGUAAAAUACAAAUGCUGUGAGAGUUGGUGGAUCAGCGAUUAACUGCGGCUGUUGAAGAAAUAUUUGGAGUGUUAGAACGAUAGCAGAGUACGAGGAGGAACGAGCGACAACGUCAACUACUGGACGCUGUUUUCAAGAAGACUCAAGUUGUGUUACACAGAACAGACGUCAGUGAAGAACAUCUUCCCCCUGAGCAGCAGGAGUGGAACUCCAGGAUGGAGCAGGAAGAGACACAGCUGCCCCACAUUAAAGAUGAAGAAGAGGAGAUACAACCCCCCCACAUUAAAGAGGAAAAGCAGGAGGCACAAUCCCCCCACAUUAAAGAGGAAGAUGAGGAUUACAGCAUCAGUCAGGAGGGAGAGCAUCUUGAAGGACUGGAGGAGUUCCCAGUGAUUGGUGUCCAUGUGAAGAGUGAAGAUGAUGAAGACAAAGAUCAAAGUGAGGAGAAGGGAGAGGUGGAGCCUCCAAGCAGCAGCUCCACUCAUCACAUGACAACAGAAGCUGAUGGAGACCACUGUGGAGGAUCACAAGCAGACAACCUCUUAGCUCCACUAUCAGAUAGUGACGACAUAACGUCACACUCUCCUGACACUGAUGAUGAAGACUCUGAAGCUGAUAUGACAUGUCACACUGACAACACACGCUGGAAAUGCUCUCAAUGUGACAAAACUUUUGUUACCAAGGGAAAUCUGAACAGACACAUGAGACAUCACACAGGAGAGAAACCUUUCACCUGCUCAGUUUGUGGUAAAAGUUUCUCUCAGCAUUCAAAUUUGAAAGUGCAUAUAAGAAUGCACACUGGAGAGAAAGCUUUUCCUUGCGCGGUGUGUGGUAAAAGAUUCAGUAAGAAAGGUGUUUUAGUAACACACACAAGAAUACACACAGGAGAGAAACCUUAUCCUUGCACGAUGUGUGGUAAAAGAUUCAGCCAAAAAGGUGAUUUAAUAACACAUACAAGAAUACACACAGGAGAGAAACCUUAUCCUUGCACAGUGUGUGGGAAAAGAUUCAAUCAAAAAGUUGAGUUGAACACACACACAAGAAUACACACUGGAGAGAAACCAUUUCUUUGCACGGUGUGUGGUCAUGGAUUCAAUCAUGUAAGUGUUUUAAAUAGACACAUAAGAAUACACACUGGAGAGAAACCUUUUUCCUGCACAGUUUGUGGUACAAGAUUCGCUCGGAACUCACAUUUGAAAGCACACACAAGAACACACACUAGAGAAAUCGUUCAGUGUGUGGCCAGCGAUUCACAAAUAGUACAAACUUGACUGAACACAAAACAAUCCACACUGGGGAGUAACAAAACAUUUUUAAAAGGACAAAGUAUGAUGACUAAGCAAGACAGUAUUACUGUUAAAAAAAAAUAAAGUUGUGCAAGAGGCCGCACGGUGGCUUAGUGGUUAGCAUGUUGGCCACAGAGUCAGGAGAUCUUGGUUCGAAUCUAUGUUGGGCGUGUGGGUUUUCUCCGUGUACUCUGGUUUCCUCCCACAUUCCAAAAACAUGCAUGUUAGGUUCAUUGGCGACUCUAAAUUGUCCAUAGGUAUGAAUGGUAAGUGUGAAUUGUUGUUUGUCUAUAUGUGCCCUGCGAUUGGCUGGCGACCAGUCCAGGGUGUACCCCGCCUCUCAUAGAUAUGUUAAUUGACUUUAUGAUUAAAUGUUUGCAGUGUGUAAUGAAAAUCUUAUAUUUUACCAAUUGAUUUGAACAAAUAGAGUAUUUCGGCUAAAAUACGUUAAUGUCAGACUAAUUUGCUAGUAGCACAAACUAUGCUUUGUGAUGACUCUUUCCUUGAGGCUAGAGACUAUUGGUGUGUCGGUUGCGGAUGAAUUUGCACUAAGAUCCGCUAAGAAUGUGCUCUCAUUGGGAGCAGAUUAUUUUUUUCUUUGUGUUUCUGUUAAAGGCGAAUAUCAUUGGUCAAGAUGUACGGCGGCAUUUCUGUGUCCACGCUGAGCAGCGGAGGGGCGUGGUUCAACACACACAGCACCGGUGUUGCCAGCGUGGCGACUUUGCCGCUAAAUCUGGCAACCUUCAAAUCCCUCUUGGUGUCAUAUUUACCUCAGAAGCUAAUAGCGACAAAUCUAGCAACUUUUUCUAGCGUCGUUGGAGUUUUCUGGUAUUUGGGGGCUUAAAAGUGAAAGCACGUAUUGUUCCGAGCUUCUGUUUUUACUGAGCAGCUCCGCUGGUCCACCCCGCUCCAAAGCAGUCACAAGCGGUCAUUGUACAGUCAGCAUAGUGAGAGCAAGAGAGCAUAGUGGAGCUGUACGCAUCCAUGAAUCACACAACCGCGAGGCGUGAUUCCAUGUUUCUUAAUCUUCAUUAAAUACUACUCGGUACACUGAAGCCUCAUUUGGACUCAUAGUCAGUGUGCCAGUGUGUCAGAGUGUGUGAUGGGAGAAUGUUGCGUGAUAAACAAGUAUAGUCCUGACUGCAAGAUAAAAGGUGGAGGCUGGAGGCGAGUCCAGAUCAUUGCUGUUUUUUAAUCAUUUUUAAAAAUUAUUAUUAUGCUGUCUAGACUUUGAGGGCUGCUGGCAGAGAUAAAAUAUGUUGAUGAAGUGAUGGUCAAUUUGAAAUUAACAAACUAAGAACCAAGUUUAUUAGUAGUUCACAUAACAGAAAGGAAAAACAGAAACAGCCUCUCAAAACGGAGGGUACUUUUUUUUUAAUGCCGAUCUCCAGUAAAGACACAACUGUUACCUGGUUGCUGCGUUUUCUUUUUGUUUUGCAUGUUUUAAUCUGUGUUUUGCUGUGUGGUGUUAUGUUGAUGUUAUGUUGAUGUUGUGAUGUUUGAUUGUAAAUCGUUAUAAAUUUUCUACUGAGACGUGUAUUUUAGAAUGUACACCACAAAUGUUGGUUUCAUUUGUCACAUGUAUGAACACACUUAUUUUAGACUUGACAAUUGUACAUUUGACCCUUAAUCAUUUGCACGGGUUUGCAGGGUUCCCCCUACGAUGUUUUGAUGGUGUGGUGGUGGGCUGCAUGGGAGCGCUGGAAAUGGUCUCAGUGUGACAAAACUUUUGUGACCAAAGGGAAAUCUGAAAAGACACAUGAAACAUCAAGCAGGAGCGAAACCUUUCAGCUGCUCAGUUUGUGGUAAAAGAUUUUCUCGGUAGUCAAAUUUGAAAGUGCACACAGUAAUGUACACUGGGGAGAAAGCUUUUCCUUGCGCGGUGUGGUAAAAGAUUCUGUAAAAAAGAUGGUUUAAUAUCACACACAAGAAUACACACUGGAGAGAAACCAUUUCUUUGUGAGGCGUAUGGUGAUAGAUUCAAUCAUAUGUGUUUUAAGUAGACACACAAGAAUACACACUGGAGAGAAACCUUUUUCCUGCGCAGUUUGUUGUGCAGGAGUCGCUCGGAACUCGCAGUUGACACACACUAGAGAAAUUGUUCAAUGUGUGGUCAACGAUUCACAAAUAGUACAAACUUGACUGAAUACAAAAGAUUCCACAGCGUGGAGUAACUUGAAGAAAUAUUUGACGGGAAGUAUGAAUAAGCAAGACAGUAUUCAUGUUUAAAAACAUAAAGUUGUGCAAAGGAACGGCUUCUUACGUUGUUAAUUGACAUUAUGAUGAAAUGUUUGCAAUGUGCAACGGAAAUCUUAUUUUACCAUUAGGCCAGUUGAUUUGAAUAAAUAGAGUAUUUCUGCUAAUAUACAUUUGUUUGGCUUCUCAAAACAAUAUACAGUCAAACUUGUCUAUAGCGGCCACUAGAGGGAGUCUGCAAAAGUGGCUGCUAUAGACAGGUGGCCUCUAUAGACAGGUUGGCGUCCAGUUUGAAUGUUGACCAGUCGAGGGGAAAAAAAAGGGGAAAAAAAUAAUAAUGUUGACCAGUAGAGGGCACUGCGGACUGCUGAUAAAAGUUGUACAGCACUACUAGGCUUGUUAUUAUCAUGGUUCAUGGUUUUAAUCCUGAACAUGCAUGAGUCAAACAGUAGCACAUCACAUAGUACAAUUUACAAUUUUGCAUGUCCAAAAAGGAGUAGGAAGAAGCAAAGCUUAUUUAAUCCUACCCCUCAUCAGUUUCACAUCAGUUGCAAUACAUUUAUUCACCUCUUGUUCUUCCAAGUGUACUUUGUAGGUCUACAUGACAAUGUAGUGCAAUCAUAGCCAAGGUUUUUACUUACUAAAAGGAAGCUACAGGCUUAAUAAUAACUGAUAACUGAUAAAAUACUUCAGUUAAGUACAACCGAACUCAGUUUUGCUCCCGCUGCCGCAUGCAUGCUAGCAUAUGUUUUUUUUUAUUGUAGCGUCGCUGGGAGCACGUCCUGUUCCCAGCCUACUUUGCGGUAAUGUUUUGGUGCAAAUGCUCUUAAAGUUACAUGUUUGACCAGGAAAUAGCAAGUUCAAAAGAAGACGGCUUUUUUAUGUGGAACAACUGACAGUUUGUGUGGAUCUUGUGAAUGAUUGUGAC